GCGCCGGUUGGUUUCCGCGCAUGCUCGUCUGCAGAGUUGGGCCUGGUGCGGCCUGUGAGCGGUUGACGGAGGCCAUUGCGGCUGGAGCGUCCCUGACUGAGCCCAUAAGGAGUCGAGGCGGCAGAGUGGCUCGCCUGAGGGCUCGGGGAAGAGAUCUUGAAAAGCGUGCUAAUCUUGGGAGGCAACCUACAUGACACUGCAUCAUGAGUGAGAGUAAAUGUGACAGUCAGUUUUACAGCGUUCAGGUUGCAGACUCCACAUUCACUGUACUUAAAAGAUAUCAGCAGUUGAAGCCAAUUGGCUCUGGGGCUCAAGGUAUUGUAUGUGCUGCGUUUGAUACAGUUCUUGGAAUUAACGUUGCUGUAAAGAAGUUGAGUCGUCCCUUUCAGAACCAAACACAUGCAAAACGAGCUUAUAGAGAACUUGUGCUUCUAAAAUGCGUCAAUCACAAAAAUAUAAUUAGUCUGUUAAAUGUAUUCACACCACAGAAGUCAUUAGAAGAAUUUCAAGAUGUGUACUUGGUUAUGGAACUAAUGGAUGCUAAUUUGUGCCAAGUUAUUCAUAUGGAGCUGGAUCAUGAACGAAUGUCCUACCUUUUGUACCAGAUGUUAUGUGGAAUCAAACAUCUUCAUUCAGCUGGUAUCAUCCACAGAGAUUUAAAACCCAGCAAUAUAGUAGUUAAAUCUGAUUGUACCCUCAAAAUUCUUGACUUUGGACUUGCAAGGACAGCUUGUACUAAUUUCAUGAUGACUCCAUAUGUAGUAACACGGUAUUACAGAGCACCAGAGGUUAUUCUUGGCAUGGGAUACAAAGAGAAUGUUGAUAUCUGGUCAGUUGGUUGCAUCAUGGGAGAAUUGGUGAAAGGUUGUGUGAUAUUCCAAGGCACUGAUCACAUUGACCAGUGGAAUAAGGUUAUUGAACAAUUAGGUACACCUUCAGCAGACUUCAUGAAAAAACUACAGCCUACUGUGCGCAACUAUGUAGAAAACAGGCCAAAAUAUCCAGGUAUCAAAUUUGAAGAACUCUUCCCAGACUGGAUAUUUCCUUCAGAAUCUGAUCGUGACAAACUAAAAACAAGUCAAGCUAGAGAUUUGCUAUCAAAAAUGCUAGUGGUAGAUCCAGAUAAACGAAUUUCAGUAGAUGAAGCUUUGCGACAUCCCUAUAUCACAGUUUGGUAUGAUCCUGCUGAAGCCGAAGCACCACCACCUCAGAUCUACGAUGCACAGUUGGAAGAAAGGGAGCAUGCCAUUGAAGAAUGGAAAGAAUUAAUAUAUAAAGAAGUAAUGGACUGGGAAGAAAGAAGUAAGAAUGGUUUGGUAAAAGAACAGCCUUCAGAUGCAGCAGUGAAUAGCAACACCAGCCCUUCCCAAUCAUCAUCUAUCAAUGACAUUUCAUCCAUGUCAACAGAGCAGACUUUGGCUUCAGAUACAGACAGCAGCCUUGAUGCCCUGACAGGAACGCUUGAAGGAUGCCGGUGAUCAGUUUUACAGAUACAACAUUGGCAAAUAAAUUUUUGCUUCUGUUGGUCCUGAGAUGCUUAUUUCAUAUUAUGAAGGUGAGCUUGAUUAUGGAAGAUCAGAGUUCUUAGUUCUAGAGUUCCCCAUGUAAGAUAGCCUUAUUGAGAUAGUGGACAACUGCGUUUCCAAAUCAAUUUAUAGCAUCAGAGAAAUCCAAACAAGAAAGAGAGAGCACUUUCAUAGACUGAACUUUUACCUUGUAAUCUUAGCUUCAUACUCCGC